AUGAUCUCGCCUUCGUCUCCCGUGAUCUAUCCGGCCAGCUCUUCUCCGGUGGGAGCAGCCAAACGAGCGAAACCGCAUCCCGAUCCUCACCCUCGGCCCCGUGCCAAAGGCGGCUUUCUUAUCGACGAUGAUUCCGACGAUGAGGACCUUUUGCAGGAACCCGCCACCAAAAGGCGAAUGCUUAGCAGUCCUAGCGAGCAUGCGAUCGCCGAGUACACUGAGCCUUCUUCACCCCCGCUUACACUUUCAAAUCCUGGACUUACGGAGGCUAAAUCUUCGUCACUAAAACCCACUCCACAGCCAACAGUCGAUGACAUUAGGAGUCAGCCUUCCACUACGAGCUCCUUAUUCACCAACAAUGUAUCGUCUAUUUUUGAUCGGUUUGCUUCUCGCCAAGCAGCAAGUAACUUGAAGAUCACGACCUGUUCAGGGAAGACAAUCGAUAUCAAACAACGAAAACCGGUCACUGGCGUAUCGUAUGAGCAAAUGGUUGCGUCGCGAUCGAAGACGAAGGAAGGCCGAGCAAAGAAGAGUUAUUACGGCAUUGAUAUUCAUGAAUUAAUAGAGUCUACGACCAAGGAACUUGCCAAUAAACCUUCGACAUCUAAUCCUGCCCCCGAUGAGCCGAUGCCUUCCGUGGAACCCGUCAAGAAGCCGAAGAAGUCAUUAUUAUGGACUGAGAAAUAUCGUGCUAGGAAUUUUAUGGAUUUGGUUGGCGAUGACCUGACAAAUCGACAAGUUUUACGAUGGUUGAAGAGAUGGGACCCCCUCGUCUUCCCAGGGGCCGCGAAAUCGAGACGCAUUAUACGACGACCCGGCGCGAAAGCAGAGGCAGAGGAGGAAAAGCCGCACCGAAAAAUAUUAAUGCUCACGGGUCCCCCGGGACUGGGAAAGACUACGCUCGCCCAUGUCUGUGCGAAGCAAGCUGGUUAUGAAGUAAUGGAGAUCAAUGCCAGUGACGACCGGAGCCGAGAUGUCGUGAAGAACCGGAUCCGCACGAGUUUAGGCACAGAGAACGUCAAAACCGUACAAUUGAAUAAGCUCCAGGAUGCAAAACAGCAGAAGGUUGCACGCCCUGUGUGUGUAGUGGUCGACGAAGUUGAUGGCGUUGUGACGGGUUCCGGUGCUUCUGGGGAAGGUGGAUUCGUUAAGGCUCUGAUUGAUUUAAUCACGACCGGAGAGAAGAAUGCCUCGGGGCAAGACACGUCCGAUCAAUAUUCAGGACGUCGCAAGAAGAAAGGCGACGAUUUUCGUCAGAUGCGCCCGCUCAUUCUUAUAUGCAAUGAUGUCUAUCAUGCAUCUCUGAGGCCUUUACGUCAAUCGAAUCUAGCAGAGAUUAUCCAUGUUGGCAAGCCUACCAUUGACGCUGUUGUAACUCGCCUUAAGACGGUUUUCGAGAAGGAAGGAAUCCCGUGUGAAAAAGACGCUGCGCGAAAGUUAUGUGAAGCGGCUUGGGGUAUGAGCGGGGGUAUUGACGCUAAGAAGGGUGCCGAGAGCACAGCUGAGGGAGAUCUACGUGGCGUUAUGGUUGUUGGCGAAUGGGUCGCAGGCCGUAUUAGGUCUGCGUCUCUCAAAGGCCCCCCGUCUUUAACACGACAGUGGGUUGAGCGGCACAUCGUUCAUGAUUUAUCUCAUGGCGGUGGCGGAGCAAGAGGUGUAGGACGGGGUAGUGUCAAAGAUAUUGUUACUCGUGUCUUCCAAGACGGAGCUGGGUUUCCCAAGAGUAACGUACUUAUCGCGGCUCCGGUGUCGAAAUACCGCAGUGAGCAGCCGAUAGCGCAGCUCGGGUUCUCGGAACAGCAGAAGAAGUAUGGCAUGGAACGCCUCAGAGAAAUGAUCGAGACGAGCGGCGAUGUGGACAGGGUCAUGACGGAUGUAUUUCUGGACUACCCCAACCACGAAUUCAACGACGAUUCGUUUCUAAGCAAGCCGGAUUGUGCUUACGAAUGGAUGCAUUUCCACGAUACUUGUUCUUCUAGACUAUUCGGAAACCAGGAUUGGGAGUUGGCCCCCUACCUAAGCCAACCUAUCCUUGCAUGUCAUCACUUAUUCUCGGGUCCUAUCCGGCGCGGCAAUCUAGCCUAUGAGCGAAAAUGGGGCAAUGGCGAUGCUGAUGAUGCACCACCACUCCCCUUUUCAGGUACGAGAGCCGACUUUCUCGCACGCGAGGCCGAAAAGGAGAACCGUGCUAUGCUCCAAGCCAUGCAGGCUCAGCUACCGGCUACUCUCAUGCGCUCCUUCCGAAGCGCUGAAGAUAUUGCGACAGAUUUUCUUCCAUAUCUAGUCCGUCUAGUAUCCCCAGACGUAAAACCCGUCGUCGUUGGGGGCAGUGGGGAUCAAAAAGGCACAGCGAGUGUCCGCAAGGAUACUGAGAAGGCCAUGGUGAAACGGGCUGCAGAGACAUUAGCAGAAGUUGGCAUUGAGCUUCAGAGAGGCAAGAUCGAGACUGAGUCCCCAUUCAGCAGGGGGCCGCAAUGGGUGUACCGAAUGGAGCCCGAUCUUGACAUCCUAUCAACGUUCGAAACAUCAGCAGCCAUAAUACACGGCACGCAAGCCCCAACGCGCUAUGCCGUCAGACAGGUGCUAGAUCAGGAGCUACAAAAAGCGAAGUUAGAGCGCGAAAGGUUAUCGCGACAAGCACGAUUCACCGGUGGUAAUCCAAAUGGCGCAGCGCCUGAGGACAUGCCACUGGUCUUUAACGAUAAAGAAAAUAAGGGUCCGAAAAUAGCCGACCUACCCAUUUUAGGGGUGAAGAAGGACUUCUUCGGGCGCAUUAUCCAAACCACAGAAGCUCGCGCGCUGAGGGAAACGGAUGGCAAUGGUAGACCUAUUAGCAAAGGUGGAGAUGGGUCCCUUAAAAAGGGGGAGACAAAGGUCUGGGUUACCUUCCACGAAGGCUUAAACAAUGCUGUGCGGAAACCUAUUUCGCUUGAUGAGCUCCUGAGGGGGUUGUGACGAUGGCUUAUGUGUGGAUUAUUGGAUGGGUUUAAAUGCACAUUAGGGGCUGGAGCAUGGAUUAGGGCGUUCGGGAUACAUGGUAAUAGCAUUGCGUUUAUCAAG